AUGAAAGGUUCCGGGGUAUCACGCUUAAAACAACACAUAGCUGGUGGUUUUUCAAAUGUUGAAAAAUGUGAAAAAUGUGCAGUGGAGGUGUCAAGGGCAAUGAGGGAGCACCUUGAUAGUCAAAAGACAGAGAGUGAAAAAGUAACUAUAGAGAGAGUUGCUCUUAGGGAGACUUUGAUGGAAUCCACACAAAAACGACAUGGAAUUGAUGUAGAUAGUUUUGAUUGUGAUGAGUACGUUGACUUAGACAAGGAGAUGACCCCUUUAGAGAGGAGGCAGUUACAUAUUGCCAAGCAAAGAUCUAUACAUGACUUGCAUGAAUUUGAGCAAGGUAGAGCACGGUAUGAAGGUGGUGACACAUCAAAGGGAGCUUUUUCCUCUCGUUCAGAUAAAAUGAUGGGAAUGAUAGAAACAUUUUAA